GCUCCUCCACUCUUCCCGUAGAAAACUUGUUCGAGCCCUUGUUUGAAGCAGCAGGGUAGGAUAGGGUGGAGCCGCCGGUGACCCCGGCGGUGGCGGUGGCAGCGGCAGAGGGGGUCGGCGAGUAUGGCCGCUGGGGCGAGGAGGCGGAGCCGAUGACCCCGGCGGUGGCGGCGGCAGAGGGGGUCGGCGAUGAUGGCCGAUGGGGCGAGGAGGCGGAGCCGAUGACCCGGGCGGCGGCGGUGGAGGGGUCCCAGGGGCUCAAGGAUCGACGUCUGAUGCAGCCGUGGUUCCUCGUCGUCAAGAGCUAGAUCGAGCGCACGGCGGUGUAGCCGUUCAGAGGAAGAGGAAGAGCAGUAGAGCACCCUACGCAGGUUCGGCCGUGGCGUCACGGAGGAGACGGAGAGAAAGGGCACCGGUGGCCCCGUGAAGGUCGAAGAGGUCGACGCCUCGUCGUGCAGCGCGCGAUGGUGGACCGAUGGGCGUCCAAGAGGCACUUGACCUUGCCGGAUCACGCUGCUGCUAGCGUAAUCCAGGCCGGAUCUGUGGAGAGCCCGGCGCAGCACCGUCUACAGGUCCAUAUCUCUUACAGUCUUACUCUACCUUAUUCCUUGUAAGUUCACGGCUUCCAUUGCUCUUCAGUUCUGGUUAGUAGUUGGAAACUGCAAAAGUAUCUGACGAAGCACAUGAGCUUUUCACAGUGGCCAUGUAACUAAAUUCUGAAUGUUGCUUCGUUAUGCUUAAUGGAGCAGGUGGGCCACUCCCUUUUGUCUAAGAUUUUGCAAAUUGAUAAGGGCCGGAGCUUCAAUGAAGAAUCUACUAUUCAACACACAGCCCAACUCGACAGGCACUAGCCAUGUCAACAGGCACUCAGGGGCAUGCUCGCCUCGGCAGUCAUCAAGGUGGCAAUAGGACACUUGAAUUCUACCAUUUCAGGCGAGAUCAAGCUGCACAGGAAUAUGAGGAACGAUCCGAUCUGGAGAACAUGAAGAUGACGCUGGAGUCGGUGGACGCUGUGCUUCUGUGGCUGAAGCAACUUAAGGAUGCCGCGAACGACAUCUCUCACAUGCUUGAAGAUUUUGAAGAUGAAACCGACCUCAACCUGGUAUUUGGCAAUGUUGGCUCUUGGGCUGCCCAAUUGAUCACUGAAGCUGGUGGCAAGGUUGUCUCCAUCAGAGAUGUCACAGGGGCUAUCAAGAACUCCAAUGGCAUUGACAUGGCCAAGCUGAUGAAGCACUCGGCAGAGAACCGCGGGAUCAAGGGCUCCGACAAAAGGCGACGCCGUCGACCCGACCUCGCUGCUCACGGAAGAGUGCGACAUGCUCAUCCCGACAGCUCUGGGAGGAGUCAUAAACAAGGACAAUGUUGAUGCCAUCAAAGCAAAGUACAUCAUCAAGGCUGCUAACCACCCAACAGACCUCGAGGCCGAAGAGAUUCUGGCAAAGAAGGGCGUGCUGAUCCUACCGGACAUCCUGGCCAACUCCGGCGGAGUGAUGGUGAGCUACUUCGAGUGGGUGCAGAACAUCUAGGGGUUCAUGUGGGACGAGGAGAAGGUGAAUCGGGAGCUCAAGACGUACAUGACCCGUGCCUCAAACAUAGUUCUGAUUAUUUAGGCAGUGUAUGGCGCCGUAUAAAAUGGACAGUAAUUAUGUAUAGUAUAUCUUCAAAAACCAGAAUUGGCUCAAUUUGGAACAAUGCCUGCUUUAUAUGAAUUUCUUGCCCGC